UAGCCGCAGCGACUGGCUGGAGAGGCACCGCCCGCCCUGGACGCGUGCCAGGGUCCCGCAGGCCCCGAGCACGCAACUCGCCGACUCGGUGGCGCGCUCGGGCCCUCCGACGGCACGGCAGUUGUGAGCGUCAGAGCGCCGCGGUGUACGCGGCAUCGAUUGGCCUCGUCGGCAGCGCUCUCUCGGGGCGGCCGGCGUUUUCUCGGUCGUAUCGAUCGGGCCUUUGCAUGCGCGCGCGUGUCGUGCCCCUUGCCAUCCAUUCCCGCCAGCGGGCUAGCUGGUCUCGGGAAUUCGGCGCCAGAGGUGCCAGUGAGUCCUGCGUGCGGCAGAGGACCUAAGCACGUACGCGCCCACUGCCACGUACUGGCAGCCUGCCUGCCGGUACGGGCCGUUUCUUCGAGUCGCACGUGCACGUCUUGGCGCCUGUCAGUUCACGCGCGGCUCUCGGUGAGCGGCAGCGAGACGUGCACCUGAGAGGCGUUCUUCGCUAGCACCGCUCAGGUUCUGCUCCGCAUGGUGGUGCCGGCGCCGCUCAGCUGACGGCAUGGCAGCGGCGGCAAAGAAGGCCUGCGACGGCAAUGGGACAGGCGGCCGGCUGUCCCGGCCGCUGCUCAAGCGCACCGACACCGAGCUCAGCAUCGACCAGAGCGGCCUGCAGCGACUGCUUCCCCGCCGCCUACGGUUCCUGUUUGCGGACGCGCAGGCUGAGAGCCUCUACCUGGACUACUACCGCCACCAGAAGUGGCUCGACUUCAAGGCCUGGAUGGCCACCGCGUUCCUCUGCUGUAUGGUCCUCGUCGUGGUAGCCGUGGGCCAGUGGUACGUGAGCAUCGACGGUCCCGCGGCCGGCCCGCCCUGGUGGUUCUCGCCGUUGCUGGUUGGCCUCCAGUCCCUGUCCUUGAUUAUACUGCUGGCGCUGUUCGUGUGGCCGCGUUCUUCGUAUGCCGGCGCAUGGGCCGCUCUGCCCGCGGUUCUAGUGCAGCUGCUGCAAGUCGUCUGCGCCGCAUUCAUUGAAUCCGACUCCACGCUGUGGGAGGACGCCCUGCCGUGGAUGGUGGUGUACUCGUUCGCGGCGCACGUGCUGCUCCCGUGGCGUGUGGUGUCGGCGCUGGCCGCCUCGGGCACCCUGGUGGCCGCGCAGGUGGCGCUGAGCAGGGGGCGCCCCCCGGCGGCGGCGCUGCUCCUGCUGGCGUGCGCCAACCUGCUUGGGCUGAUGGCCUUCCUCUGGGUGGAGCGCAUGCAGCGCAGGGCUUUCCUCGAAACGAGGCAGUCACUCGAGGCCAAGCUGGUCGUCGAGGAGGAGUCACAAGAGCAAGAGCGCCUGUUGCUGUCCGUGCUCCCGAAGCACGUGGCGGCCGAGCUGAAGCAGGACCUGGACGCCGUGGUGCAGGGACCCUUCAAGAAGAUCUACAUGAGCCGCCACGAAAACGUGAGCAUCCUGUUCGCCGACAUCGUGGGAUUCACCGCUUUCUCGUCCACCUGUCCGGCGGCGCAGCUGGUGCGCACGCUCAACGAGCUCUUCGCGCGCUUCGACAAGCUGUCCGACAAGUUCCACCAGCUGCGCAUCAAGAUCCUGGGCGACUGCUACUACUGCGUGAGCGGGGCGCCCGAGGAACGGCCGGACCACGCGGUGCUGUGCGUCCACAUGGGGCUCAGCAUGGUGGAGGCGAUCCGGUCGGUGCGCGACCAGACCCGCAGCGGCGUGGACAUGCGCGUCGGCAUACACACCGGGGCCGUGCUCGCGGGAGUGCUGGGCCAGAGGCAGUGGCAGUACGACGUCUACAGCAAGGACGUCGUGCUCGCCAACAAGAUGGAGAGCGGCGGGAUGCCCGGGCGCGUGCACAUCUCGGAGCGCACGCUGAGCUUCCUGAACGGAGAGUUUGCCGUGGCACCGGGAGACGGAGGCUCCCGAGAGGAGGCGCUGCGGCUCGCAGGGCUGCAGACAUACUUCAUCACCGAGGUCCUCAAGCCGUACCCGGAGGGCACACUGGACUACGGCAAGCAGCUGGAGGACGGACAGGUGCCCAACGCGGGCGGCGCAGGCACCGAGGCAUCAACGAGUGACGAAAAGGAGUACCGGCGUCGCUUGCACAGGGAACUGCUCGAGAGGGACACCGAAAAGGAGCUUCGUGACCACGCCCACCCGGUGAGCCUGUCCUUCCGCGACUCGGAGCUGGAGCGCCAGUUCGCCGGCACCAGCGACAGCUGCAGCUGCGUCUCGCUCGCCGCCUGGCCACUGGUGGCGCUGGCAUCGGCCGCCGCUUACCCGCUCGCGUCGUCGGGACCCGCGUGCGGUGCCUACCUCGCUGGACUGGUGGCGCUGUGCGCGUUACUCGCACUGUGUGUGCUGCCCUUCUUCGCAAAGGCACCACCUCGUCCCAUGACCGUGGUGUCAACAGCGGUGCAGAGCAGGUCAUGGGUUCGACUGCUGGUUUCUUUUAUGGCAGUCGCGCUCUGGGCGUCACUCCACUUGGCUACCACGCUUCUGGGCGCGAGCAGCGGAGGCGUGCAGCCGACCACCGACGGGGGGGAGCCGGAGGAGGAGCGCCUCCCGUCGUUGAACACCGCUCGCCACUCCGUCAGCGUGGCAGCGCUGGCGCUGGUCGCCGUGGCGGUGCUGGUGCGGCUCAGCUACCUGACCAAGAUGGCCUUCGUGGCGCUCCUGUGCGCACUCCAGUGCGCACUCUGCCUGCUGCCCCCGCUCAGCGAACACUUCAGGGUGGCGCCGCCAACGCCGUCAUUCGGAGGCCAAGUCGUCGGGAUGGUCGCCGAGACAACGGAAGUCCUGACCACUGCGCUGCCAGUCGACCAGCCGAAGCUGCAGCAGCGUCUGCUAAGCCAUGCCGCCGUGCAGCUCAUCUACCUCGUGGCCAUAGGCUUGGCGUUGGCAGUCAUCUCAAGACAGUUCGAGCUGACUUCGCGGCGGCUGUUCCUGUGGCGGAAGGACGUGGAGGAGCAGAAGGAGAAGGUGGCCGACAUGCGGCGCAAGAACGAGGCGCUCGUCUACAACGUGCUGCCGCCCCACGUGGCGAAGGUGUUCCUCGGCCGUCGGAGGCUCGAUGAGGAGCUGUAUAGCAAGAGCCACGACUCCGUGGGCGUUCUGUUCGCGGCCAUGCCCAAUUUCUCUGAUUUCUACACCGAGGAGUCAGUCAACAACCAAGGACUCGAGUGCCUUCGCUUCCUCAACGAAGUCAUCUCCGACUUCGACGCUCUCCUAGAGCAAAAUCGAUUCCGGGACAUCCUCAAGAUCAAGACCAUCGGCUCGAGCUACAUGGCGGCCAGCGGACUCAGCAAGGAGGACGAACCUAAGGCUGGUGCCAGCAUACAGGAGAGGUGGGGCCAUCUGGCGCAGCUCACAGAUUUUGCGCUCGCCCUCAAGGACACGCUCAACAACAUCAACCGCGAGAGCUUCAACAACUUUGUCCUCAAGAUGGGCAUCAACCACGGACCCAUCACUUCCGGUGUGAUCGGUGCCCGAAAGCCGCACUUCGACAUUUGGGGAAACACGGUCAAUGUUGCCAGCCGCAUGGAGAGUACCGGAAAGGCCGGAAACAUCCAGGUGGUGAAAGAAACGGCCGACAUUCUGGAGACCUUCGGCUUCGCUCUCGAGCAGCGCGGCCUGGUGUCCGUCAAGGGCAAAGGCAUGCUCAUGACCUUCUACCUGCUGGGAAGGAAGCCCCCCGCCCCGCAGCCCAGCGCCGCGGCGGCCGCCACACGCGUGCACACCAACCCGCUCGCCCAGCAAGACGACGACGCGACCGUCGUCACGGGUGCAGCAGAGCCCGCUGGGUCCCCGCAGGACGCUAGGGCAACGACGCCAUCCGUGGACGUCGCCGUGACUACAGCUAACGGCACGGAGGCAGUGAGCAUGGCUGCAGCGGACACCCUGCCUCAGCAGCUUCCCAAUGGCGCAGGACCCACAGCUGUGGCGGCGGCGAGCCCGAGCUGAGAGACGCUCUUCACGAGCCACCAAGCCCACAGGGGCCGUGAUCCACAUCAUGACCAUGGUGCUACCAUCCCCAGCCUCACGGCCAGCUUCGUCUGCGCGUCCCGCCCUGCGGCAAUCUGCCUGCUAGGCCUAAAUGUGGCCCGGGCCUUCCAAGACGAUGGAGGCGGCCUCAGCCAAACCUUUGAGGCACGCCUACCCGGUGCCGCCACCUAGCCACUGAGACACCCUAUCCUUCUCGGAGGGGCGCUUCCGGAUGGACACCGCACAUCGCCGACCCUCUUUACUGAGGCCGUUCCUCUAAAUAGUGGACUCGCGUGUCGGGCUUCCUUCGGGACGCUCGGUUGGAUGCAAAGAGAACGCUACGACCUCCUCUCGCCUGUCCUAGCUACUCAACAUGGCAGCCACCGGCAGCGGCGAAUAAGUGCACAGUGUCCGCCUUCCGAAACCUGCCCAACCCUAUAGCACGUCGUCGCCACCGACCGACCGACCGCAAGCGCAAUGUGAACGUAAACGCUCGUUCCUAAUCUUACCGUGGUUCAUUGACAUAGAGGGAAGGUGUCCUUUUUGUUAUUCUUGUUGUCCUUCAGAAAACGCCAUGGAGCGAAAGGUGGACAAGUGUUCUAUGGAACAGGUUGGCAGUUACUGAAUGCUGAGUUCAAAGGAGAGGUCUGACCUUUACGUGUUCUUGUAGUGUGCCGUGAGUGCUUUGGCUGUUCUUAUUUAAAGUUGUGCGUGUUUCUGUCUUUGCCAGGUCUCUACGAGGUUGUUGAAGUUGAUUGUUGCAAUUGCUUUGUUUCUGUACAUUGUUAUCUUCUUCACGUUACAUGUUCUCUACCCUUUCUUGCGAGGAUGGUUUAUGUUGACGUUGCCGGCCUCAGUCGUUAAUGAGAGAAAACUAAUGUGUUCAGUUUUCAGCCCGUAAACUAUAUCAUCUCUGAAUGGACGCACAUUGGUGUAAGCACUUAACUGCUAUCGGCUUGCGUACAGCCACUUUAGAGCGUCACUGCCUGACAGUGCCCCAGUUUAAGUACACCUCAUGCUUCGCAUUCACACCAAUCGCGCACGCAUCGAAGCUGAAUCCUGCUGUUGUCGUAAUGAGAAGUGGCAUAUUUAUUUGAAGGUAAGCUUGCGUCUUUAGUAAAACCAACAAUGACGGCAAAUUCGUUUACAGUGGAAGAUGACGAGCUUUCCGCCAAGUUCACCAUUGGUCACUGCCUUGAACUAUUCGCCUGGAUGGCUCCGUUGUUCUUCUCCUCUGUUGACUGUUUUCAAUGGACCGUUCAAAUUGCGAAAUUGCGCACCGUCAAAGAAACUGAAUAUCGUCGCUUCAAGUUCAAGUAUGGAACGGUCACGGGCUGCCCUGGAUGUUAGACAAGCACACGUCCCAUGGAUGUAUAAGACACUGAUACGCAGGUUCGGCAUUCAGGUAACCGGACGACACAGCGGGUGUUCUUAUAGCCAGGGAAGGGAAAAAGUUAUCACCAUUUUUGUUGGCUGUGCACACUUCCCACAGUUGCUAAAAAAGGUUAAUUUCUAUGGAAUGGGAGGCCACAGAAUCCUUAUAUUUCGCAGACACUGGGGCCGUUUGAUCAGCGGGGACACUGUCACGGUGACGCUAUUAAAAAAUGUCGUUUGUUUCACGUUUAACAGCAUCCCUCACUUAAUGUCCAGAAAGAUAAUUUCAUUAGAAGGAAUGCAUUCACGAGCACUCGUAAAAAAACUAUGUCAGGCUUUGCCUGACUGACUUGGCAUGGACGUGCCUUGCGAUGAAAUUAGUGGAUGCCUCGCAUGUGCGGUUUUAUACCUAAAAUUUAAUAAAGCGCAAACGUCAGCCAGUCUAAGAAAAAGGAAAAAUAUUAUUCAAUGAUCGAAGCGACAGACGAUUACGGCAUUGUUUGCAGAGGCAAUUUAAAUGGUCCACAUCAUUUUCACAUAAAUCAUCCCACAGCUUAAAAAAUUUUCUGUAGUGUAAACAGCGAUCUCUCGCUCCCUUCGCUUUUGCAUUUCAACCGCAAAAGCCGGUUGUGUCGCUGUGGUUGGCAGUCGGAACGUUGUCUACUACGUGAAGCAUGGGCAUUUUUUGUUGAGGGUAUUUCACUCAUCAAAUCCUCAAGCCCCUUUUCAUACAGGAUGGAUGAGUCGCCAACUCCAUGCACUCCCGAUAAGUGACAACGUGCAAUCGUGACCCUUCGAAGUUCGGUAAUCCAAAGAAACGUUUAUUAUUUCACCCCGUCUUUAUAUAUUGUAUUUUUGCAAGUUUGAAGCGCGCGUUAUUUUGUAUGCGUAGAUGGACCGCUCAGCUUUUUAUUUUUCUGAACUAUGAAUUGAGACAUCGGACGAGAAGUCCGAGGUGACACUUAACCGUUCUCUGAGCAUCGUGGAGUCAGCGUGUUUGAAAAAAAUGCGAAAGCAGACCGUGUGCCACGUGCACCUUGCGCAUAUUUCACCUUUGACCCGAGUCAUGAGCCGCACCACACAGACAACGGCGCCAUACUUCGCUUUGCCUUGGAAUGAGACAGACUGUGAGGCAAUCUGCAAGUUCUACAAUGUGGUGCAUAUUUUACGAGAUGCGCGAUGAGCGUAAUCGUAUGAUGCUAACAAUCGAGGUUCUUGGCUUUUUGGUUGAAGUUCUUGGUUCAGAAUCUUAGGAGCAGAAACUGGGCCCUAUUCCGGCAGCAGUGCGAAGCAUUAAGAGGAAACGUGCACGCGGUUGACGUCGUAAGUGUCCACGCCAAGUCCUGACUUUAGAAAACUCGUGACAUUGGUUGAAGUCCUGAAAUGCCCAUUCGAGCGCUGAGUGCGCUAAAGUCGCAGACUUCCUUGCCGCGUUAUGGGGCCCUCAUAGGAGCCUAACUGCAACAAACCUUUUGCAUCUUUAGAGACCCAUACACUCAACAAAACGUCUCGGUGCAGUGUCUACCCCCCGAUUCACUUGUUACACUCAAAUAUAUGGACGUUGAAUAUACAGCUGUAAGCUCUAAAUAUGUGUUUCCUCACUACAUUGCUUCACGUAAGAUGCCAUAUCUGGCUCUGAAGCUUCACAACCACAAAAACAUUCAGAACUCGUCGGGAGGCAUUGCCGGGAACACCACGUUGGCAAUCGUGUCGACGUAUAGAACGUUUCGUGGCGUGGGACGUGCUCUUGUCACAUGGUCUAACAACGGCUACAAUCUAUAGAAGAAAAGAAGCUGAGCCCCAUCGUGACAAUUUGCAGCGGUGUGUGCGUGUUCCCUGAAAGUGUUUAAACGCGUGUUUAUUUUUUUGUUAUGUGCGUGACGAAUGUGCUGCUGGGAAGUCCGUGAUGAAACAGUGGCGCGGACCCCAGAAGCUCAAGAAAAAAAAAUGUGUUCACCGUGCGGCGCGACGAGGGGUCACUACGUUGUGAAGGGGUUCAGAUUUUAAAGCAAGGUGUCACGUUGAAUUGAACUCUGUCUGAGGGGUUGGGUGUUUGCAUACAGCAGGAGCAUUGUGACGUCGAGCCCAGGUAAAAAGAACUGACGCGUACACUGGCUAUCCGCCUCUUUAGUAUAAGUCACUUUUAUAUCCAUUUCACAGCAAAUUGCUAAAAAGUGCCCAAUAAUGCUCAUCUUGCCUUUCGUCCCAAGUAACACUAGCUGAGCUCUCCAUAACCAUGUUAAUCAAUCCCGCAAGCUCUUCCGCGUUCACCGCACAUUGGUGAAACCAUUGGUCGCCUAGCAAAUUGGACGGCAUCUCCUCCGCAUUUUUGCGAUGUUGCAUAGUGUGGAUCGUAAUAGGCAUCCCAACGCCUACUGUCACGUAGCCACAGCUGCCGAUGUUCAAGCAUGUAAAAUGUUUGAUAAUUGAAAUCGAAUUCGUACUUACCAGAUUCAUAAACACUCGAUUUUUUCACUAACUUAAAGCAUAUGUCAAUCGAAUCGUUUUAUCAGGGGUGACGAAUUGUGAGUGCCAAGAUUCGUAGCUGCGAAUUUCUGAUGCGUCUUCGACGUGCUCGAUGCCAGCUCGAGUAAUGCGCGUUUCUCGUUUAUUGCGCUGGUGCAAACUCUUGGAGCAGCAGAGGCUUGCGUGGCACCACUUCCGACUGCUGCGUCCGCCGCCAUGAAUUGGUCCAUCCAACGUUUGAGCCGUACGGUGAAUACAUGUCAAAGUAUGUACGGGGAACCGCUGCCAGACAGACUGUUCCUGUGAAGAAAGACACGUUUCGAGCGUGCCUUCUAGGAGGCCCCAGUCACGAAGCGGGAAACGGUUGUGGAGUGGACGUGACAGCGCAUUUGUGGUUUGACUCUCACCACAGAGAAAAGCACCACGAUACAGAUUGUGUGAGCGUCUGUCAUGGCAGCCGUGGCAAAAUAUCGCAAACGUUGCACAAACGGGUGGCGGGAGUGAAAAUGCGUUUAUUUUAAAAAUCGGAGAUGGGACAAAAUGCUAAUUGAACAGACGACACGGGGCGCUGUGUCACCCGUGUCAUAUGUUCCUUUAGUUUUUUGUCUCAUUUAUAGAAUUAUUGUCAUAUUCUGUUGUCGUACCAACAAAUGUAGCCCGGCUACCACCCAUUUAGCCAUGGCACCUCUUCAACCAGCGCACGACGCAGGCUUGCCAUAGGCUCCAAGCUGGUCCGGUUGGUUAGCGCAGUGACAUAGUCCGUUCCCAAACGUUUCCCACCCCGUGGCCGUAAGCAGCCCAACAGACGACGACGCGGCAAGCGCCGUGCCCAAGAAUGACGCGCGCUCUCCGGUAGUGUCCCACGUGGACAGUCGUGCGCGUCUGCACAGACUCACUAUGCAACGUUGGCCCCGCGUCUGCUCCUCUCAUCCGCUGUGAAAACGCCUCCCUUCCUCAACGUGGCCCGCCCUUGCUGUCUUCUGUGUAGCCACAGCGUAAUACACUUCGUAUUCAAGCUGCUCUGUGAAUUGAGGAAUAAAAUUAUGCCGCACUAGCGGCAUCCCUGUUGACCAAAAUUCA